AAAAUAUGGCAGCAAAACUUAAGAAAAUCAUCCAGCACCUGGGAACACAUGCUCCAGAACCUCAACCCAAACACCUAUGAUCUAGCAUGCAUACAGGAACCAUUCCUCAACCCGGUAGGCUUAGCUAAUGCAUCCAACCUCAGACAACUCUGGGAUGUAAUAUACCCCUCCAAUCACCACACCAACCUGGAACGAUCUCAAUCCAUCCUCCUCGUCAACAAGAAACUAUCCAAAAAUAACUGGCACAUAAUCCCGCUCAACUCACCCAACAUUACAGCGAUUGAGCUCCACAGAGACUUCGGUAAGGUAUGUAUCUAUAAUAUCUACAAU